AUGUUGACCCCCGAUUCUUCAUCAUCCAAGUCGCCAGCCGAGUUCUGCCCCCCUGGCUGGAAGACGGACGAUGAGUUGGAAAAGGGAUAUGUCGUAAGCGACGAGGACAAAGAAUUCUUCCACUUCCACCGAGAGAUCCGGGAGAAUCACAAUCUGAGUUCUCAUGAAAUCAUGGAGCUGGUUAUGAGACGAUGGCCCGACGACAAAGGAAUGAGGCAUGGCUACUUCGACUGGCGCGAGAGAUACUACAGCCGAUAUUUCGACUCGUUCAACCAGGCCUGGACUCUCGACGAUUUCUGCAACAACCUAGCCCAAACCGACUUCGGAAACUUCAAGUCUCUCGCCCGGUGGGUUUGGACAAUGGAACAGGCUCACCUGCCUUUCAUGCCCUUCGGACAGGUCAACUGGGGUGGUUACGAAACAGGUUUCGGCCUCUUGCCCAGCUCGGGCUACAUCCAUCCGCACGUCGACGGCCACAGAUCCCGAAACGAUGAGUUGCUGCACAGGUCCAUCAUCGCGACCAAUGACAUCGUCAUCAAGCCGACCACGCCGGACGGCCGUGGCGGCGAUCAGAUGCAACCCUCGCGUCCCUCAAAAGCGUCAGACGCAAAGGUCCUCGGGAGACUCAACUGCAGAAUCUUUGCGCAGCUCGGAUCCUUGUAUGUUUUCGACGGCGACCGGCAGAAGGCCAAAGAUUCCGAACAAGAUAUCAGAAAAGGUCCGUGGCGGUCGACCGGAUUCGGUGUUCUCUUGGAGCUCGGCAGCCGUGGCAGGCAGCUGGGAGUCCACGUCAUGUGGAAUUUCUUCGGGGAGCUCACCAAGCCGGACGGCAGCACCACACGCCGCCACAUCGAGACCGCCGACGCGCAAGGCAAACGUCUUCCGCAUAUCGGAUUCGUCCACGAGAAGUGUAACAUCCACACUCGCUUCGUCAUGGAGAAGAUUGCGCACAGCCUUGCCGAUUUCCAGUCUCGGGAGAAGCUGGUAACGUUUACGAGUCUGUCAGACGGCGACCCGUUUCCCAAGGAUGAGAUUCAGGUUGUCCGCGUCAAGCACCUCAACGACGCCGUCGGAGGAAGGAUCAUGUUGCCCCAGUUUGUAAAAGAUUAG